AUGGCGGUGGCGGUGCUGGCGCUGCUGGGCAGCGGCCGGGCCGAGGAGCUGCUGGCGGCGGCCAUGGCGGCCUGGGGGGAGCGGGGGGAUGGGGACGAGUGGGGGGUGGGCGUGGGGGGCGAGGGGGAUGGGAAUUGGGGCGGGGGGGUUGUGAAUGGGGGGCGUGGGAGCGGGGCGGGGCUUGUGAAUGGGGGGCGUGGGAACGGGGCGGGGCUUGUGAAUGGCGGGCGUGGGAACGGGGCGGGGUUUGUGAAUGGCGGGCGUGGGAACGGGGCGGGGUUUGCGAAUUGGGGCGCGGGGUUUUUGAAUGGGGAGGGCGCGGGGGUCCUCAAUGAGAGCGUGGGCGGCGGGAAAUGGGGGUCGGGGGUCCUCAAUGGGAGCUCGAAGAUCACGAGAGGGGGUCCCUGGGGUGCCAUUGGGGGUCCUGGGGGUCUCAUUGGGGGUCCCGGUGGUGCCAUUGGGGGUCCUGGGGGUCUCAUUGGGGGUCCCGGGGGUGCCAUUGGGGGUCCCGGUGCCGUAACCGGGGCUCCCCCGCCGCCCCCCGCCUGCCUGGCGCUGCUCUCGGGGGGCUCCGCCGAUCUCCCCUCUCCCCUUUGGGGGUCCCCGCGCCCCCCCCAGGUGCUGCUGUCGCCGCCCCCCUGCGCGCCCCCCGCCCCGUUCCUGCUGAUCCUCGUGCCCAGCGCGCCCCCGCACCUGCAGCGCCGCCUCGCCGUGCGCGACACCUGGGGCGGGCCCUGGGCGGGCUCGGCGGCGCCCCCCGCCCGCACCGUGUUCGUGCUGGGGACCCCCCGGGACCCCCGCGAGCAGCGGGAGCUGCUGGCCGAGUCGCGACAGCACGGCGACAUCCUGCAGGGCGACUUCGCCGACAGCUACGCCAACCUGACCCGCAAGACGCUGCUGCUGCUGCGCUGGGCCCGCGCCUGCUGCGCGGCCGCGCCCUUCCUGCUCAAAGCCGACGACGACGUCUUCGUCAACGUGCCCGCUGUCGCGACAUACCUGGCGACAUGGCGCGACGCGCCCGCCCGCCUCUACCUGGGCCGCGUGCACUGGCGGGUGGCGCCCAACCGCGACCCGCGGAGCCGGCACUAUGUCGCGGAGGCGCUGUACCCGCUGUCGCGAUACCCGCCCUACUGCAGCGGCACGGCGUACGUGCUGUCGCGGCGGGCGGCGGGCGCGGUGCUGCGGGCGGGCCCGGGGGUGCCGCUGGCGUUACCGGAGGAUGUGUGGGUGGGGGUCGCGGCGCGGCGGGCGGGGGUCUGGGCGCGGCACUCGGCGCGGUUCGGGGGCUCGGCGCGGUUCCCGCCCGAGCGCUGCUGCCUGGCCCGGGCGCUGCUGAGCGCGCACCGGGUGCGGCCCCGGGAGCUGCGCGGGGUCUGGGGGCGCCUCCCGGGGCUCUCCGGGGACUGCGGGGGGCUCUGGGCGCUGCUGGGGCUGCUGCGGUGCCGCGUGAUGGCCCUGGGGGAGGGGCUGUGGGGAGGGGGGCAGGGGGAUCCCGAGUGACGUCAUGGGACGGGGGGGGAAUCCCCCUCCUUCUGCCUGCCCGGGAAGGUGUAUUGGAGGUGACGUCAUGGGAAGGGGGGAAUCCCCCGCCCAUUCAGCGUUGGAGUUGGGGGGCUGAUGUCAUGGGGCUGACGUCAUGAGAGGGGAACCGCCCGCAUUCACCCCUGUGGGGGCGUUGUAGUAGGGGCUGAUGUCAUCGGGGUGACGUCAUUAGUUGGGGAAAUCCCCCUCCUCUCCUCCUUGAGGGGCAGAGUGGUUGGGAGUGAUGUCAUGAGGGAGUGAAGUCAUGAGAGCGGGGGAAUCCCCGUCCCUCUCCUUUCCCUGGAGGGUGUGCUGGAGGUGACGUCAUGGGAGUGAUGUCAUGGGACAGGGGAAUCCCUGUCCUUCCCCUCCCCAUGGAGACUGGAGUUGGGAGUGACGUCAUUGGGAGUGAUGUCAUGGGAGGGGGGGAAUCCCCCACCUUCUCCCCUUCCCAGGAGAGUGUAUUGGAGGUGACGU